AUGGAUGUUGUAUCCAUGGGGACUGUGAUGAUGUCCCAGAUGUGGAUGCUGAGAUGGGCCAUACUACUGAUGGGGCUGAAGUCAACACAAGCAGCUGAACCAAAUCCUGAUCAUCAGUCCACGGUCUGCAGCACAUGGGGAAAUUUCCACUUCAAGACCUUUGAUGGUUAUUUCUUUCAACAGCCAGACACGUGUAACUACAUUCUGGCAGUAAUGUGCGACAUCACCGCUUCUGAUUUUAACAUCCAAAUGCAAAGAAAGAUUGUAAAUGACUUCAUAAUUUUCAACACAGUCACAAUAAAGUUGGAAGGGACAGUCAUCAAACUUAGUAAUGGUGACAUCACCAUGGACGACCAAGCGGUGUCUAUUCCGACCAAUCAAAAUGGAGUUAAAAUGGAGGGAAGCCCAUCAAGUCUUAAAAUCUCCAAGCAUGGAGUGACUGUCUUCUGGGAGAAAGACCACUCUGUAUCGAUUGAACUGUCUGAGAAGUACCAAGGCCAGACCUGUGGACUCUGUGGAAACUUCAAUGGCAACAAGACUGAUGAUAUCGCUGACAAAGAUCUGCCCACAUGGAAAGUGUUUGCAUUUGCUGAAUCCUGUGAGGAAAUUACACUUCAGCCCAAUGAUCAGUGUGAAAACCAGAUAAUCAUUUGCCAGCAGUUUCUCAGUAGUUCGGGGUUUGAUGAUUGUCACCGUGUGUUGGACAUGAGUUCAUUUGAAAAGGCCUGCGUAAACGACCUGUGUCAAUGUUAUGGCAGCCACGACUGUCUCUGCAACACGCUCACAGAGAUUUCACGACAGUGCACACAUGCAGGUGGCAGACCGGGAACAUGGAGAACACAGCACCUCUGUCCGAAGACAUGCCCACUAAAAAUGGAAUACUUGGAGUGUGGUGGUCCAUGCAAGAACACCUGCUCAGACCCAACUGGAAGCCUGCUGUGUAAAGAACACUGUGUGGAGGGCUGUUUCUGCCCUGAGGGCACUGUGGAAGAUGACAUUGGUAACAGUGGUUGUGUUCCUAUCAGUGAGUGCCCAUGUGAGCAUGAUGGCACAAUAUACCAAUCAGGAGAGUCAUAUACACAAGCAUGUAAAAAAUGUGCGUGUGCUGCUGGAUAUUGGAGUUGCGUGGAUUUGGAAUGUCCUGGAAUCUGCUCUGUUGUGGGAGGGUCUCACAUCACCACUUAUGAUGGAAAAAGCUUCACCUUCAGCGGCAACUGUGAUUACAUCCUCACUAAGCACUCUAAUGACAGUGAUAUUGCUGUUCUUGGAAAUUUGGUAAAGUGUGAUGAGGCCCGAACAGACACAUGUUUAAAGUCUGUUACACUUAUCAUCCCGGGGACCAUUAUUAGUGUUUCAAACAGUGGAACUGUGACACUGAAUGGAAAUAGUCCAUUUAGGCUUCCUAUCUUCACAGGUGGUGUGGCCAUCUUCCAGCCCUCAUCCUCCUUCAUUAUUGCUGAUAUGAAGAGUCUUCUUCUAGAGAUCCAGUUGGCUCCAAUCAUGCAGUUGUAUAUUGUAGCCAGCCCUAAAGAGAAAGAAAAAUUGAGUGGUCUGUGUGGGAACUAUAAUGAUGUUCAAAGAGAUGACUUUAAAACUGAAUCAGGCAUUACAGAAGGGACACCAACAACCUUUGUCAACUUUUGGAAAAUAAACCCAUACAGUUGUCCAGAUCUUGGCAACACAUUUGCAAACCCUUGUAGCCUGAGCAUGAACACAGAGAAAAUUGCAAAAGAGUGGUGUUCCCGUCUCACAAACCCAAAUGGAACCUUUGCCUCAUGUCAUUCAGAAAUAUGUCCUGAGAUUUAUUAUGAACGGUGUGUCUAUGACACCUGUAAGUGUGCAGAUAUUAAGAAGUGUAUGUGUGCAUCCCUGUCCACCUAUGCCCACACCUGUGCUGCCAGAGGAAUCAUUCUCCAGGACUGGAUGGAUUCAGACCUCUGCAUAACUGAUUGUUCAAACAACAUGAAGUACUCCUACAAUGUGACCAGUUGUGCCAGCACCUGCCGUUCUCUCAGCAGACAGGACUACACCUGCCAAGUGUCCUUCACACCCGUAGAUGGCUGUGUCUGUCCUGAGGGCACCUACCUCAAUGAUGUGGGCAAAUGUGUGCCCGCUGACCAGUGUCCUUGUUACUAUGACAGCCAGGUCUUAGAGCCAUCAAGGACAAUUUACAUUAAUGGUGCAAAAUGUAUCUGCAAUCUUGGAAAAUUAGACUGCUCCAGACAGGAAGACUGUGUGGCUCCAAAAGUCUUCAUCAACUGCUCAAAUUAUGAACUUGAAAAAAAAGGGACAGAGUGUCAGAGGACAUGUCAGAACCAAGACCCAAACAAUUGUGUGAGCACAGGCUGUGUAUCAGGGUGUAUGUGCCCAGAUGACCUUCUGGCCAGUGGUAUAAGCAGGUGUGUGCGAAAGGAAAACUGUCCGUGUGUCCACAAUGGAUUAACCUAUGCACCUGGGGACCAAGUUCAAGAGGAUUGCAACAACUGCACAUGCAUAAAUGGGAUGUGGACUUGUACAGAUAAGGAGUGUUAUGGCACCUGUACCAUCUACGGUGAAGGUCAUUUCAAGACUUUUGAUGGCAAAACAUAUUCAUUUCAUGGAAACUGUGAACACAUCUUAGCGCAUGAUUACUGCAAUAUGGACCAGAGUCCAUAUUCUUUCCGCCUUGUUACAGAGAACAUCCCCUGUGGCACCACCAACACAAUUUGCUCCAAAUCCAUCAAUCUCUCCUUUGGGAGAUACAAGGUGAUUUUAUCUGAGGAGGAUGGGGUCAAAGUUGUUCAAAGCAACGGCACUGAUUACCAAUAUCAAAUCCAUUCUGGGGGGAUCUACAUUGUCAUAGAGAUCAGACACCUUUUAAACUUGAUCUGGGACAAUAAAACAAGUCUAAUGCUCCAACUCCAUCCCAGCUUACAGGGCAAGGUGUGUGGACUUUGUGGGAACUUUGAUGGUAAUGCAAAUAAUGACUUUAUAAAGCAUGAUGGAGAAGAGGUGACAGAUACAUAUGUAUUUGGGAGUAGCUGGAAGGUGAACCCCAGCUGUCCAGAUGUGGACAGCUUGAUUAAUCCUUGUGAAAGAAAUCCACAUCGGAGCGCUUGGGCUAUCAAACAAUGCAGCAUCAUCACAGGCGAUUUCUUUCUAGAUUGCCAUCCACAUGUGGACCCUUUCCCAUAUUACGAUGCCUGUGUAAGGGACACCUGUGCAUGUGAUACAGGGGGUGACUGCGAGUGUUUCUGUACUGCUGUGGCAGCUUAUGCUGCUGAAUGCCGUAAAAAAGGAUUUUGCAUAGCAUGGCGGAGUCCUAGCAUUUGCCCUAUGUUCUGUGACUACUGUAACAACCCUGAAGAAGACUGUACCUGGCACUAUAAAACCUGUGGAUCACCCUGCAUGAAAUCCUGCAGAAACCCAUCAGGGAACUGUUCCAGUCAAAUUCCUCUCCUCGAGGGGUGUUUUCCUCAGUGCCCUCCAGAGAGGCCAUUAUUGACAGAGGACACCAGGGAAUGUGUAACAGAGGCAGAGUGUGUUCCUGAAGACAUAUGUUUCUAUGAUGGGAAAAAAUUUCAUAUUGGAGAAUUAGUGUACUACACCACAGAUGGGGAUGGCACAUGUUUUACUGCUGUGUGUGGGUCAAAUUCUGAAAUAAUUAGAGAGAUUGCUAAAUGCAUCACAACAGUUACACCUUUCACUUUCACAACUCCAACUGAAACUACCAAAGAAAGAACCACUAUCACAUCAACAGAAAUACCAUCAAUUACUACUGAAACACCAAUUCCUUCAUCAACCGUAACUUCUACUAGCACUGCUACAACACCAUUUACAACAACACCAACACUUAAUAUAACAGAAACAUCUUCAACAACUACUAUUAUUGUUCCACCAACACCGCCAGGAACAAAAACACCAUCAACAGAAAAACCAUCAACAACAUCAACAGAAACACCAUCAACAAAUACUAUGACUACUGGGACACCAAUUCAAUCAUCAACCGUAACUUCUAAUAGCACUGCUACAACACCGUUUACAACAACACAAAUACCUACUAUAACAGGAACAUCUUCAACAACUACUAUUAUUGUUCUACCAACACCACCAGGAACAGAAACACCAUCAACAGAAACACCAUCAACAAAUACUAUGACUAAUGGAACACCAAUUCUAUCAUCAAGAGUAACGUCUUUUACCACUGCUUCAACGGCAUUUACAAUAAAGCCAACACCUACUGUAACAGAAUCAUCAACAAUUACUGUUAUUGUUCCACCAACACGUCCUGGAACAGAAAUGCCAUCAACAGAAAUACCAUCAAUUACUAUUGGAACACCAAUUCCUUCAUCAACCGUAACUUCUACUGGCACUGCUACAACACCAUUUACAACAACACCAACACCUACUAUGACAGAAACAUCUUCAACAACUACUAUUAUUGUUCCACCAACACCGCCAGGAACAGAAACACCAUCAACAGAAACACCAUCAAUAAAUACUAUGACUACUGGAACACCAAUUCCGUCCUCAACAUUAACUUCUACUACCACUGUUACAACACCAUUUAUAAUAACACCAACACCUACAGUGACAGAAACAUCUUCAACAACUACUAUUAUUGUUCCACCAACACUGCCAGGAACAGAAACACCAUCAACAGAAACACCAUCAAUAAAUACUAUGACUACUGGAACACCAAUUCCAUCAUCAACAUUAACUUCUACUACCACUGUUACAACACCAUUUAUAAUAACACCAACACCUACAGUGACAGAAACAUCUUCAACAACUACUAUUAUUGUUCCACCAACACUGCCAGGAACAGAAACACCAUCAACAGAAACACCAUCAACAAAUACUAUGACUAAUGGAACACCAAUUCCAUCAUCAACAUUAACUUCUACUACCACUGUUACAACACCAUUUAUAAUAACACCAACACCUACUAUAACAGAAACAUCUUCAACAACUACUAUUAUUGUUCCACCAACACCGCCAGGAACAGAAACACCAUCAACAGAAACACCAUCAACAAAUACUAUGACUACUGGAACACCAAUUCCUUCAUCAAGAGUAACGUCUUUUACCACUGCUUCAACGGCAUUUACAAUAAAGCCAACACCUAUUGUGACAGAAUCAUCAACAAUUACUGUUAUUGUUCCACCAACACGUCCUGGAACAGAAAUGCCAUCAACAGAAAUACCAUCAAUUACUAUUGGAACACCAAUUCCUUCAUCAACCGUAACUUCUACUGGCACUGCUACAACACCAUUUACAACAACACCAACACCUACUAUGACAGAAACAUCUUCAACAACUACUAUUAUUGUUCCACCAACACCGCCAGGAACAGAAACACCAUCAACAAAAACACCAUCAAUAAAUACUAUGACUACUGGAACACCAAUUCCUGACAGAAACAUCUUCAACAACUACUAUUAUUGUUCCACCAACACUGCCAGGAACAGAAACACCAUCAACAGAAACACCAUCAACAAAUACUAUGAUUACUGGAACACCAAUUCCUUCAUCAAGAGUAACGUCUUUUACCACUGCUUCAACGGCAUUUACAAUAAAGCCAACACCUAUUGUGACAGAAUCAUCAACAAUUACUGUUAUUGUUCCACCAACACCGCCAGGAACAGAAACACCAUCAACAAAUACUAUGACUACUGGAACACCAAUUCCGUCCUCAACAUUAACUUCUACUACCACUGUUACAACACCAUUUAUAAUAACACCAACACCUACAGUGACAGAAACAUCUUCAACAACUACUAUUAUUGUUCCACCAACACUGCCAGGAACAGAAACACCAUCAACAGAAACACCAUCAAUAAAUACUAUGACUACUGGAACACCAAUUCCAUCAUCAACAUUAACUUCUACUACCACUGUUACAACACCAUUUAUAAUAACACCAACACCUACAGUGACAGAAACAUCUUCAACAACUACUAUUAUUGUUCCACCAACACUGCCAGGAACAGAAACACCAUCAACAAAUACUAUGACUAUUGGAACACCAAUUCCGUCCUCAACAUUAACUUCUACUACCACUGUUACAACACCAUUUAUAAUAACACCAACACCUACAGUGACAGAAACAUCUUCAACUACUAUUAUUGUUCCACCAACACUAGUAACGUCUUUUACCACUGCUUCAACGGCAUUUACAAUAAAGCCGACACCUAUUGUGACAGAAUCAUCAACAAUUACUGUUAUUGUUCCGCCAACACCGCCAGGAACAGAAACACCAUCAACAAAUACUAUGACUACUGGAACACCAAUUACGUCCUCAACAUUAACUUCUACUACCACUGUUACAACACCAUUUAUAAUAACACCAACACCUACUAUAACAGAAACAUCUUCAACAACUACUAUUAUUGUUCCAAAAACACUGCCAGGAACAGAAACACCAUCAACAGAAACACCAUCAACAAAUACUAUGACUACUGGAACACCAAUUCCUUCAUCAAGAGUAACGUCUUUUACCACUGCUUCAACGGCAUUUACAAUAAAGCCAACACCUAUUGUGACAGAAUCAUCAACAAUUACUGUUAUUGUUCCACCAACACGUCCUGGAACAGAAAUGCCAUCAACAGAAAUACCAUCAAUUACUAUUGGAACACCAAUUCCUUCAUCAACCGUAACUUCUACUGGCACUGCUACAACACCAUUUACAACAACACCAACACCUACUAUGACAGAAACAUCUUCAACAACUACUAUUAUUGUUCCACCAACACCGCCAGGAACAGAAACACCAUCAACAGAAACACCAUCAACAAAUACUAUGACUACUGGAACACCAAUUCCGUCCUCAACAUUAACUUCUACUACCACUGUUACAACACCAUUUAUAAUAACACCAACACCUACAGAACAGAAACACCAUCAACAGAAACACCAUCAACAAAUACUAUGACUACUGGAACACCAAUUCCAUCAUCAACAUUAACUUCUACUACCACUGUUACAACACCAUUUAUAAUAACACCAACACCUACUAUAACAGAAACAUCUUCAACAACUACUAUUAUUCACUGCUACAACACCGUUUAUAAUAACACCAACACCAACUAUAACAGGAACAUCUUCAACAACUACUAUUAUUGUUCCACCAACACCACCAGGAACAGAAACACCAUCAACAGAAACAUCAUCAACAAAUACUAUGACUACUGGAACACCAAUCCCAUCAUCAAGAGUAACGUCUUUUACCAAUGCUUCAACGGCAUUUACAAUAAAGCCAACACCUAUUGUGACAGAAUCAUCAACAAUUACUGUUAUUGUUCCACCAACACGUCCUGGAACAGAAAUGUCAUCAACAGAAAUACCAUCAAUUACUAUUGGAACACCAAUUCCUUCAUCAACCGUAACUUCUACUGGCACUGCUACAACACCAUUUACAACAACACCAACACCUACUAUGACAGAAACAUCUUCAACAGCUACUAUUAUUGUUCCACCAACACCUGGAACAGAAAUGCCAUCAACAGAAAUACCAUCAAUUACUACUGGAACACCAAUUCCUUCAUCAACCGAACAGAAACACAAUCAACAGAAACACCAUCAACAAAUACUUUGACUACUGGAACACCAGUUCCAUCAUCAACAUUAACUUCUACUACCACUGUUACAACACCAUUUUUAAUAACACCAACACCUACUAUAACAGAAACAUCUUCAACAACUUCUAUUAUUGUUCCACCAACACCGCCAGGAACAGAAACACCAUCAACAAAUACCAUGACUACUGGGACACCAAUUCCAUCAUCAACCCACUGCUACAACACCGUUUACAACAACACCAACACCUACUGUGACAGAAACAUCUUCAACAACUACUAUUAUUGUUCCACCUACACCGCCAGGAACAGAAACACCAUCAACAGAAACACCAUCAACAAAUACUAUGACUACUGGGACACCAAUUCCAUCAUCAACAUUAACUUCUACUACCACUUGACAGAAACAUCUUCAACAACUACUAUUAUUGUUCCACCAACACCUGGAACAGAAAUGCCAUCAACAGAAAUACCAUCAAUUACUACUGGAACACCAAUUACUUCAUCAACCGUAACUUCUACUAGCACUGCUACAACACCAUUUACAACAACACCAACACCUAAUAUAACAGAAACAUCUUCAACAACUACUAUUAUUGUUCCACCAACACCGCCAGGAACAGAAACACCAUCAACAGAAACACCAUCAACAAAUACUAUGACUACUGGAACACCAAUUCCGUCCUCAACAUUAACUUCUACUACCACUGUUACAACACCAUUUAUAAUAACACCAACACCUACUAUAACAGAAACAUCUUCAACAACUACUAUUAUUGUUCCACCAAUACUGCCAGGAACAGAAACACCAUCAACAGAAACACCAUCAACAAAUACUAUGACUACUGGAACACCAAUUCCAUCAUCAACAUUAACUUCUACUACCACUGUUACAACACCAUUUAUAAUAACAUCACCACCUACAGUGACAGAAACAUCUUCAACAACUACUAUUAUUGUUCAACCAACACCUCCUGGAACAGAAAUGCCAUCAACAGAAAUACCAUUAAUUACUACUGGAACACCAAUUCCUUCAUCAACCGUAACUUCUACUAGCACUGUUACAACACCAUUUUUAAUAACACCAACACCUACUAUAACAGAAACAUCUUCAACAACUACUAUUAUUGUUCCACCAACACUGCCAGGAACAGAAACACCAUCAACAGAAACACCAUCAACAAAUACUAUGACUACUGGAACACCAAUUCCAUCAUCAACAUUAACUUCUACUACCACUGUUACAACAACAUUUAUAAUAACACCAACACCUACUAUAACAGAAACAUCUUUAACAACUACUAUUAUUGUUCCACCAACACUGCCAGGAACAGAAAUGCCAUCAACAAAUACUAUGACUACUGGAACACCAAUUCCAUCAUCAACAUUAACUUCUACUACAACUGUUACAACACCAUUUAUAAUAACACCAACACCUACAGUGACAGAAACAUCUUCAACAACUACUAUUAUUGUUCCACCAACACCAGUGGGAACAAAAACACCACCAACAGAAACAUCAUCAACAAAUACUAUGACUACUGGAACACCAAUUCCUUCAUCAAGAGUAACAAACAUCUUCAACAACUACUAUUAUUGUUCCACCAACACUGCCAGGAACAGAAACGCCAUCAACAGAAACACCAUCAACAAAUACUAUGACUACUGGAACACCAAUUCCAUCAUCAGCAUUAACUUCUACUUCAACUGUUACAACACCAUUUAUAAUAACACCAACACCAACACCUACUGUGACAGAAACAUCUUCAACAACUACUAUUAUUGUUCCACCAACACCAGUGGGAACAAAAACACCACCAACAGAAACAUCAUCAACAAAUACUAUGACUACUGGAACACCAAUUACUUCAUCAAGAGUAACGUCUUUUACCACUGCUUCAACGGCAUUUACAAUAAAUCCAACACCUAUUGUGACAGAAUCAUCAACAAUUACUGUUAUUGUUCCACCAACACGUCCUGGAACAGAAAUGCCAUCAACAGAAAUACCAUCAAUUACUAUUGGAACACCAAUUCCUUCAUCAACCGAACAGAAACACCAUCAACAGAAUCACCAUCAACAAAUACUUUGACUACUGGAACACCAGUUCCAUCAUCAAUAUUAACUUCUACUACCACUGUUACAACACCAUUUAUAAUAGCACCAACACCUACUAUAACAGAAAUAUCUUCAACAACUACUAUUAUUGUUCCACCAACACCGCCAGGAACAGAAACACCAUCAACAAAUACUAUGACUACUGGGACACCAAUUCCAUCAUCAACCGUAACUUCUACUAGCACUUUUACAACACCAUUUAUUAUGGCACCAACACCUACAGUCACAGAAACAUCUUCAACAACUACUAUUAUUGUUCCACCAACACCUCCAGGAACAGAAAUGCCAUCAACAGAAAUACCAUUAAUUACUACCGGAACACCAAUUCCUUCAUCAACUGUAACUUCUACUAGCACUGCUACAACACCGUUUACAACAACACCAACACCUACUGUGACAGAAACAUCUUCAACAACUACUAUUAUUGUUCCACCUACACCGCCAGGAACAGAAACACCAUCAACAGAAACACCAUCAACAAAUACUAUGACUACUGGAACACCAAUUCCGUCCUCAACAUUAACUUCUACUACCACUGUUACAACACCAUUUAUAAUAACACCAACACCUACUAUAACAGAAACAUCUUCAACAACUACUAUUAUUAUUGUUCCACCAACACUGCCAGGAACAGAAACACCAUCAACAGAAACACCAUCAACAAAUACUAUGACUACUGGAACACCAAUUCCAUCAUCAAAAUUAACUUCUACUACCACUGCUUCAACACCAUUUACAAUAACACCAACACCUAUAUUGACAGAAACAUCUUCAACAACUACUAUUAUUGUUCCACCAACACCCCCUGGAACAGAAAUGCCAUCAACAGAAAUACCAUUAAUUACUACUGAAACACCAAUUCCUUCAUCAACUGUAACUUCUACUAGCACUGCUACAACACCGUUUACAACAACACCAACACCUACUGUGACAGAAACAUCUUCAACAACUACUAUUAUUGUUCCACCAACACCGCCAGGAACAGAAACACCAUCAACAGAAACACCAUCAACAAAUACUAUGACUACUGGGACACCAAUUCCAUCAUCAACAUUAACUUCUACUACCACUGUUACAACACCAUUUAUAAUAACACCAACACCUAAAGUGACAGAAACAUCUUCAACUACUAUUAUUAUUCCACCAACACCUCCUGGAACAGAAAUGCCAUCAACAGAAAUACCAUUAAUUACUACUGGAACACCAAUUCCUUCAUCAACCGUAACUUCUUCUAGCACUGCUACAACACCGUUUACAAUAACACCAACACCUACUAUGACAGAAUCAUCUUCAACAACUACUAUUAUUGUUCCACCAACACCUCCUGGAACAGAAAUGCCAUCAACAGAAACACCAUCAUUUACUACUGGAACUCCAAUUCCUUCAUCAACCGUAACUUCUACUAGCACUGCUACAACACCGUUUACAACAACACCAACACCUACUGUGACAGAAUCAUCAACAACUACUGUUAUUGUUCCACCAACACCAGCAGGAACAGAACCCCCUUUAACAACAUCUUCAACUCCUCCUUUGUCUUCUACAAAAUUCUCAGUUUUUACAGAAUUAAGUACUGCAAGAUCACAUAAGCCAUCACCUCAAGAAAACUGUUCAUGCACAUUUGCAAAUCAAACAUUCUCACCAGGGUCUAUUAUCUAUAACCAAACUGAUAAGGCAGAUUGGUGCUACUUUGCUUACUGCACCUCCACUUGUUUUAUUGAAAUAACAAAGAAACCAUGUACUGAAACAACACCAUCUACAGUUUCAAAGGAUUGUACCAAUGUCAACCAAAAGAAUGGAGACUUGUGGACUGAAGGAUGCCGCACCAAAAAGUGCAUAAAUGGGCAAGUCACCUCAAGCCCUGUACAGUGUGACACAAACGAUGCUUUCAUACCUAAAUGUGUCAACGGACUUAAACCUGAGAAGGUUUCUUAUAAUAAUGGCUGCUGCACAAAGUAUGAGUGUACAAUGUGCAAUAUCGAGUUGUGUCUUAAGAACAGAUGUGAUGUGGGAUAUGAGUUUGCAGCAAAUAAAACUGAAGACAGUUGCUGCCCACCAUGUGUGCCCAAAGACGUCUGUGUUUACAAUAACAUUGAGUACAAGCCUGGGAUUAUCCCCACAGAGCCUUGUGUGAAAUGUAACUGUGAAAUGGAUAUAGACCCACAGACUAAACUACAUGUUGUGAAAUGUGUUAGUAAAGUCUGCGACCCCUGCCCUGAGGGUUUUGAAAAUGUGAAACAAGAAGGAGAGUGCUGUGGAACAUGUAAGCCAAUAGCCUGUGUUUAUGAAUCAUCAGACAAAUCCAGACAUAUACUUGAGGUUGGAGAAGUGCACAAGGACAAAUGUGAAAAUAUUACCUGCCAUGAAAUUAAUGGCUGGUUUACGAUAGAGAAGACCAUAACAAAGUGCCCUGACUUUAAUCAAGAUGACUGUGUACCUGGGACUGAGCAAUAUGAUGAAGAUGGAUGUUGCAAGAUCUGUAAGCCAAAGGAUUCCUGCAUUCGUGUGAACUACACCACCCAUGUACAUGCAAACAACUGCACAUCCAUCACCCCUAUAGAGGUGACGUCCUGCAGUGGCCACUGUGACACCCAAUCGAUAUAUUCAAUGGAAAAUAACCACAUGAUGCACAGCUGUUCUUGCUGCCGCGAGAUGAAAACCAUCUCUAUGCAGGUCAAGCUGAGGUGUCCCAAUGACAGCGAGAUUCUUCAUAAAUAUGACUACAUUGAGAGCUGCAAAUGUACACCUACAGUUUGUGAAGAACAACACAGCCUGAGGACCGGAUAAAAGAUGCUGACAUUUGAAGAUUCAAAGUCUGCCAAACCUUGCUUCUAUUAUUGCUGAUUUAAGCAUGAUUCAACUAUGUAUCACAUUUAGGAACAACAUUAUUUGGAUGAAUGAACUCAGCAAUUGCAAAUAAGGUUGAGUGUAGGAUGGUUUUGGAGAAAGAAAAUAAAUAAUUCAUGUUUUUAUUCUAGGGGUAUGGUUUUCACUUUUACUAAU